AUGUCUCAAUACGCGUUCCCAGGCCCCAAUAAGACCUACCGAAGUCAUUCAAACGGCCCUAGCUUUAAGCCGAGGUAUGGACGCUGGUAUCUUCCUCUGGUCGCAGCAAUCGGUCUUGGAUUCGCCGGGUACAAUUAUUAUAACGAAGUCCAAGUACGGCGCGAGAAGAUGAUCCGUGAAGAAGAAAAACGCCUCGCGAAGAACCAACAACUCAUGGACGCAUAUGGAAACAAGGAGAGCUUGAAUGAUGUACAACAGGCUCUGGAUGCCUAUCACCGAGCAUGA